UCUCAUUCCGCUAAAAUGUGUGUCUAGUAACUAGUACCUGCAGCGCCUCUUCCAAGUUUGUCCAUGACAACAGGGGCCUUGCCUCUACACGCUGUACCGGUACGCUCAGCACCGCCGGUACUCGAGGUACUGGACGGACAACACGAUGUCACGCCUCUUGGAGUCGCUACCGCACUUGCACCGCUUGCGCCUGCGCCAGUCCUCCAUGAUGUCGGACCGCGCGCUCUACGAACUGCUGCAAACACCGCAACGGCUGGUCUUGGAGAUUGAGCCGUCCUAUGCCAUGUCAUCGUAUGUGUUGGAUCAGCUGAACCCUUCCUUCCACAGCACCAGCAACCUGGUGGAAGUGCAGCUGCUGAAACCGCAGCUGGACGAGGAGGAGACUUUGUGGCCAGAUUUGAGCUUCAACUUCGGGCGCUGCGCCAGUCACGUGUACAUAGGUCGCUGAUGAGCCACUCUGGUCCUCUGGUCCGCGCCACACCGUGUCGUGCUCUUGCAUGUCGUCCUCACCGGACCGGUGGUUGAAGACGAGCAUGGGCCUUGAAAACACGGAUGCCUUCUUUUUCGGAUGGGUUCCAAAGCUGGACCAGCUCGUGCAAGAA